AUGGCUGCUUCACAGAUACAGCCUCCCCGCUCGAUAUUCCUGAGGCAUCGCGAGGAUGAACCAGUACCGGGAGAGAACGGCCGCCGCCGGGCCCUGAUCUACUUCAUCUGCGGCAACCCGGGCCUCAUCGAGUUCUACGAGGGGUUCCUGGCCCACCUCCGCCAGCUGAUCUCCGCCUCGGCGUCGAUGAACGGCGUGGAGGUGGACCUGUAUGGGCGCAACCUGGUCGGGUUCGACGACGAGGACCACCACCCGCCGUUCUCGGCGCCGGACAACGUUCCGCUCGACAUGGAGGGCCAGAUCUGCUCCGUGUACGAGAACGUGGCGGUGGUGGUGAGGGAUGAGGCCAAGAGGACGGGAGGCAAGGGCUACGGGGACGUGAUACUCAUGGGCCACUCGGUGGGCGCGUACAUUGCGACGGAGGUGAUGCACCGGCACCUCAGGGAAGAGGAGAGGGAAGAGUGGGCGAGGCACGUGAGGCUGCGGCAUGGGUUCCUGCUCUUCCCUACGCUGACGCACAUCGCGGCGUCGCCGAGCGGGCGCCGGAUGCAGCUCCUGAGGCAGGUGCCGCUGAUGGACUCGUACUUCCACGUGCUGGCGAGGGGGCUGCUGGGCGUGAUCCCCGAGGCGGCGGUGCGCUGGCUCGUGGGCCGGGUGGUCGGGGUGAAGGGGGACGGGGGGAUGGCUGCGGUGCUGGCGCGGUGGCUGAAGAGCCGGGACGGGGUGUGGCAGGCGGUGCACCUGGGCAAGUCGGAGAUGGAGACGAUCAGGGAGGAGGUUUGGGAGGAGAGGCUGUGGGGGAUGGCGGAGGAGGAGGAGGAGGGAGGGGCGCCGAGGUUCUUCAUCCUGUAUGGCAAGGAGGACCACUGGGUUGCGAACCAUCUGAGGGAUGAGUUCAUUGCGCGGAGGAGGAAGGAUGGCGGCGAGACGAGGAUUGAGGUGGACGAGGGGGAUCUUCCGCAUGCUUUUUGUCUGAAGGAAGAGGACUACAAGCAGGUUGCGCAAAUGGUGUUGGAGUGGCUGGAGGAGAUUGAGGAAGGCAGAGCGUGA